GCGCCGCUUUUCUGGAACCUCUACUGGCUCCCACAGCUCACCCGGUGCAGUUACCGUUUGGCGAUCCCACUCUUCUCCCGCUAACAUGCCAUUCGUUGAGUUGGAAACAAACUUGCCGGCUAGCCGCAUACCCGCGGGGCUGGAGAACCGGCUGUGUGCGGCCACAGCCACCAUCCUGGACAAACCCGAAGACCGCGUGAGCGUUACGAUACGACCUGGCAUGACCCUGUUGAUGAACAAAUCCACAGAGCCCUGUGCUCACCUUCUGGUCUCUUCCAUCGGUGUUGUGGGCACCGCGGAGCAGAACCGCACUCACAGCGCCAGCUUCUUCAAGCUCCUCACCGAGGAGCUGUCCCUGGACCAGGACCGGAUCGUUAUCCGCUUCUUCCCCUUGGAGGCCUGGCAGAUCGGAAAGAAAGGAACUGUCAUGACGUUUCUGUGACGGAAACAAAGAACCCAGGGCGUUUGCUUGAACCUGGCCAGAGCCCUUCCAGAGAGGCCUCCCGGCAGAAUCGUGGCCUGGUAGAUACGACGGCAAAUUCCUCUUUUGCCUAAACGUCUGCGACUUCGGUGUACCAUUUUUCUCUUCCCCAGCCUCGUGAAUAAGUGAAAGAGAGCAAAUAAAUGAAGAGAAUAUCAUUCAAA